UUAUGUUCUGUCUGCACUUUAUGUAAACACCGUACGAAAAACAUACAAAGAAGGCAAAAUUUGUGUUGAUUCGAAGCGGACACCAUACGUGUUUUUUUUUCUAAAAUGGAAGAGGAAUAAUUUGAAAAAAAUGCCUAACAGGAAAACUUUUGAUAUCGGCCAGAGUUGUGUGAUCGAAAGAGCCACCACUGUCUACAUCAAUAUUGGUAUGACCGACCUAGAAGUCGAGAGACAUGUAGUAGGUGAAAUAACAAACUACACGAACCUUGCGGAUAAGAUUCAGGAAAAAGUAUAUAACUCCUCCCAUUCAGCUCCAAGUGAAAACUGCCUCGAAGAAUGCAAUACGUUCAUUGAUUAUAAUCUCGACAAACGGUAUUUUGACGUCAGAUUCGCUGAAUAUGAAGGACAGGCCGACACAUUGAGGACUUCUAAACAUCUUAUCAAAGAGUUAUACAAUCAUCCUGUUUAUGAAUGUCUGAGACGGCUCGCUCCACACACAUCAUUCCCCGGCAUUGCACUCAUGAUAUAUAAAUUCAGGUAUGCGUCAGCACUUGCAGUCUCGGGACGUGUUCAGAAGGCCAAGAAAGUGGCCGACAAAGGAAUGGAGAAACUGCAACUGUUCUUAAACCAGACGAGUAUGGCUCGAGUUAAUGCGAGUUGUUUGUACGGAUAUGUCAAUGUGGUGUUAGCUGGCAUCAGCCAGAUACCACAAACGGAACAGAUGGAUGAUAUUAAGGAAUGGAUCGAGAAGGGGCUUGAACAAGUGAAAGCUAUAAAGGACAACGGAGUCGCCAAUAUGUGGGCGAGAAUGUUUCUUGUAAAGAAAGCGUGUGUUCUGUUAAAGAUCGGCCUAUCAGGCGAAGAUAUUUCUGGCCAGGAUAUCAGUCAUGAGGAUAGGGACGCAGCUAGAAAGAGUCUGGAAGAAGCUGAAGAACAUUGGACCAACACCGAUGAGAGAAGACUUAUGUUGUACAAACGGGCGGAGGCAAAGCUUCAACGGCUUGCUGGUGACAAGGAAGCUGCUCUAGAAUCUCUACGACAUGCAAUAACCAUUGCACACCAUUUUAAACGCGAAGAGGAAAGCUAUCAGCUUAUUCUUCAGAACUGGACCGCAUGAUAUUGUUAUCCUGAUCUGUUCGUGGACUUUGAAUGGCAAGAAGAAUGCUUGAGGAUCAUUCUAAAGCAAUGUGUGACAUGCUAUUUAAUUGUUUGAAAUGGUUUGAAACUUUAUUUGAAGAAAUAAUACUCAAGGAAUAUUCUUCAGAAAUUACCUUCAGUUGUUUAUUUGACAUUCCAUAUCAUUAGUGUAAAUGGCAUUCAAGUGGGUUUAAAUUGCUGUUAUCUUUAAAUAGAAAUAGUUUCUGAGAAAUAUAUUCUUCAGAAAUUUUGACAUGAUAGCUCGUAUCCUGAUAGCCCGAGGUGAUGGGUGAUAUUUAAUGGAACGAGGAAUACUUGAAGUGUAUCCUUUUUAAAUUGUCACUUGACGGCAUUGUGUCCUGAGUGGAAUGCUUGAAUCCUAUUCUUCGGAAAUUAAAUGGAAUGAUGAUAAUAUUAAAUAUUUAAGGGAAUGAGAAACUCUUCAAGCAUAUUCUUCAAAGACUGGUAUUGUUUUAUAAUUCGAGAACGUUCUAAUCGGAUUCUUCAAGAAUUGGACAACGUGAACUUUGUUAUUAACUUUUUAACUGGACUCUUACUUGGUAUAAAGACAAGCUGAAUCUGUAAAGACUUAACGUUGGGCCAGACUUUCACAUUCUAACUUAAUAUCAGAAUGUGUUGUAAUUCACAAAAUCGAAAAAAAAUAUUCCAAGAACUCGGAGUAUUUUAUCUAAUGGAUCCGCUUUGUAUACACAAUGCAUUGUAUUUAUA